AAAAAAAGAAAAAAAAAAAAAAAGAGAGAGAGAGAGAGAGAGGAAUGCCAACCCCUAAAGCGGUUUGAAUUGUUUCCCGCUAUGCAGCGCCAGAAAUGCGAGCCUGCACAAACACAAAGCUGAUAUCCUCCACGCACCCAACCCUCCACCUUUCCCAUCCAACCCCCGAAUCCUUCGUUUGGAACACCCUUAUCCGAGCCCAUGUCCAAUCCACAGUCCCAUCCCAUCCUUCCCCACUCUCCGUCUUCCUCCGCAUGCGCUUACACGGAGUCGAACCCGACGACCGCACCUUCCCUUUCCUCCUCCAGUCCUGCCAUUCCCUCCCUCACAUCCGACCCGGAAAACAAAUCCACGCCCAAGUUUUUCUCUUUGGGUUCACUCACGACCCGUUUGUCGGCACUUCUCUUAUACAUAUGUACUCGUCCUGUGGGAGUUUGACGCUUGCCCGUCAAGUGUUUGAUGAAAUUACGCAACCAGACUUACCGUCUUGGAAUUCGAUUAUGAAUGCCUAUUCGAAAGCGGGAUUGAUUGGUGAUGCAAGAGAGGUGUUCGAUAAAAUGCCUGAGAGAAAUGUGAUCUCUUGGAGUUGUAUGAUAAAUGGGUACGUCGUGUGUGACGCCUAUAAGGAGGCACUUGCCUUGUUUCGUGAGAUGCAAAAGGUGGAUGCUGGUGGCGUGAGACCUAAUGAGUUUACCAUGUCGAGUGUGCUAUUGGCUUGCGGACGGUUGGGUGCACUUGAGCAUGGAAAAUGGGUUCAUGCUUAUAUUGACAAAUCAGGAAUGCAAAUUGAUGUUGUCUUAGGAACUGCGUUGGUGGACAUGUAUGCCAAAUGUGGAAGUAUUGAGAAAGCAAAAUUUGUUUUUGAUAGUAUGGGUCCUUACAAGGAUGUGAUGGCAUGGAGUUCAAUGAUUUCGGGACUGGCCAUGCAUGGUCAUGCUACGGAAUGCCUUGAAUUAUUUUCUGAAAUGAUAAAGCUCGGCGUGAGGCCUAAUGCUGUGACGUUUGUGGGUGUUCUUUGUGCUUGUGUACAUGGAGGUUUGGUGAGUGAAGGGAAGGAGUACUUUAGGAGGAUGGAUGAGGAGUUUGGUAUUAAGCCUUUGAUUCAGCACUUUGGUUGUAUUGUUGACCUGUAUGGAAGAGCUGGUCUCGUUCGAGAGGCACUGAAGAUGGUGCAGUCCAUGCCAAUGGAGCCUGAUGUACUUGUAUGGGGGGCUCUGCUGAGUGGCUCUAGGAUGCAUAGGGACAUCGAAACGAGUGAGAUUGCACUGAAGAAUCUAAUUCAGUUGGAUCCCACGAAUAGUGGUGCAUAUGUACUUUUGUCAAAUGUGUACGCAAAGAUGGGUAAAUGGAGUGAAGUAAGGCGUGUGAGAGAUCUCAUGGAGGUAAAAGAGGUCAAGAAAGUCCCCGGUUGUAGUUUGGUUGAGGUAGGAGGUGUUCUUCAUGAGUUUUUCGCGUGUGAUGAUUCGCAUCCAGAAACUCGAGAGAUAUACAUGAUGCUUGACGAGAUUAUGAAUAGGUUGAGAAUGAAAGGCUUUGUGGGAAAUACAAGUGAGGUGUUACUUGAACUAGAUGAGGAAGGAAAGGAGUUGGCUUUGGCAUACCACAGCGAAAAAUUGGCAAUUGCAUUCUGCUUUUUGAAGACAAGUCCAGGCACACCAAUUCGAAUUGUUAAAAACCUGAGGAUAUGCCGUGAUUGUCAUGAUGCCAUGAAAAUGAUUUCUGAGGAGUUUGGUCGGGAAAUCGUGAUCAGAGAUUGCAACCGGUUUCACCAUUUCAGGGAAGGACUAUGCUCUUGUAAAGACUAUUGGUAAAGAGACAAAAGUGUGCUGCAAUGGAAAUAAAGAGGCGAAGAAAGCUUUGAGGGGAGGGCUGUAUGAGGGCAUGGUGAUACGAGGAUAAAGCUGAAGGAUCAAUGGAAAACCCGACACAGAGUGCUGACGAUCGACUUCUUCCUGCUUGCCUCGGCUCGCAAGGAUUGUACUGAGUUUUCCUGGACGCUCGGAGUCGGAGUACUACUAGGACACAGACAGCUUGACAGGGGAGAGCACUUGGGCAUUUGUUUUGAUAAAAAGGUUAUCAGUCAUUAUCUAACUAACGCUCCGAUUUUGUAUGACAAUUAUUUAUUUAGCUACUAUUAUUAUUUUCAUUAAGUAUGGGAUUGAGCUCAUCA